CCAACCUCGCCGUCGUUUUUAUGCACGCAAAACUCAUCCGACAGUCAAGCAGCGAGCGCAUAGUAAUGUAAAGUUUACGAUUAUUCUUGCAUCUCGCCAGCGAAAAAUGUCCGAAUCGAAGCGAUCAACAACGACGUCGUCCUCGAAUAACAGCGGAAGCACCGGAACCAGCAGCAGUAAAUCACGGAAGUCCAAAAAUGAUCUGAUUCGCAGCGCCGUCGGAAGUUAUCUCAAGCAGCGGAAUUACAUCGUAAACGAUCGAUACCGGAAGUCGGAUCUCAUCCUGACGCAAUCCACGGAGCAGAUCGCAAUGAACACUGCCAUCGAGAACGAGAUAUCCAAGGCGAACAGUUUCCUGUUUUCGAACAUCUUCUGUCUGAACAAUAACCCGGCCCAGGUGGAUCAGCACUUUGUCAAGCUAUGCAACUUCAUCAAAUGCCAAUCGGAGUCGGUUCGGGACGAGCUUUCCGAGCUGGUCAACCCGCUGCUUUGUCAUCUGUACAUCGAGAUGUUGAAGGGCAGGGAUUGGCGACCGGCGAUCCUGUUCCUCCGCAAGCAUGCCACUUUGCUGGGGAAGAUUGAGCCAAGUGCGGCCGCUUCGAGCAGCUCUCCGCUAAUAAUGAACCAGAAGAUCAACGGCACCGUCGAGGAACAGCAGGCUUCCGGCAUAUCGGUCUCGACGGUGCAAAAUUCCGUUAUCGUCUUCUCACCGGAACCGGUUCCGGCUUCCGGUGGGGCGGCGAAGCUGGAAACUUUCAAGCAGCUGAUCCAGAAGCUGUCGCAGAUUACCCGCAUCCAGGAUUUGGAGAACGACCCACAGACGCUCCGGUUUCGAUCCUGCCAGUACGAAGUCCGGCUUGGAUCCGCAUCGGUGGCCGCCCUUCGGCGGUAUUUGUCCAAGCAUGGCCACUCGCUCAUCCUGCAAAUACUCCGCAAUUGGUUCUACUUCGAGACGAGCGACGAUAAGGAUUUCGUUGAUUUCAGUCCGGAUAUGGGGUCGGCCAAAGCCUACAAAAAGCCCCGAUUGACCUCGACAUCCAACGGGUUGGACCUACUGAAUGGUCUUCCGAUGGAAAUGGAUGCGCUGGAAGCAGCUCCGGAACCGGAGUACGACUUUGCCGAGCACACGGAAGCGGAAAACAGGAAGUUUCUCCUCAGGAACGGUUUCAGCGGCGAGUAUAUCCAGUUCAAGGUUCGUGAGUUGAACGGAGCGGGAGGAGGAGGUUUGGACGGAGGGGGAAUCUCGAUGGAUCUGGACGAUGACGACGACGAAGAUGACUCGGCUUACCUUCCCGCCCUCGAGGAGAUACCACCGCCGGCCAGCAUCAAGCCGGAAGUGUUCAUAGAUGGAGACCCGCAGCCACAGUUUCAGGACGACAUAUCCGGCAUGUUCCGGCGGGUGACGGCCGAGGAACGGUUGCGGAAGCUGCGGGAGUGUACGGAGAAGUUAAAUCGCUUCCAGACCCCACUCUGCAUCUACCAGGUGGAGAACGUAGACGACAGGCUGACGUCGGUGGCCAUCGAUGAGGACAGCUGCCAUCUGGCAAGUGGAUUUGAGGAUGCUUCGGUGGUGCUGUGGUCGGUCAACCGGAGUACGCAGAUCGGGCGGAAGCCGUAUGCCGGUUUGCGGGAGAGGAGAUGCUCCUGGAACGUGACUUGCUGUGAUAGUAGUUUUAGCGAGGAGGAGGAAGAUGAUGACGACGAUGAGGAAGAUGAACAGGAUCAGGGUGGAGGAGGACGCGACUACGACGACCCGGGGGAGAGUUCCGGCGGGUUGGGCAAUUUGUUCCGAUGCAAGUCGCAGGCAGAGGUGCAGCGGUUGAACAAGCUGCUUCCGGUGUACAGCCGGAGGUUGAGCAAGCGGGAACGGUGGAAGCAGUUCAUGAGUCGGAAGUGCAGUGAAAAUGUUUUUAGCGAAACGGGUGGCGUUACCUUGCGCGGUCACUCGAACGCCGUAACGGAUCUCCUGUUUUCGAGGUACAGCCCUCUGCUGAUGAGCGUCUCGCGGGAUCUCACGAUGCGGGCCUGGCAUGCCACCGAUUACACCUGCCGGGCAGUCUACCGCGGUCACAAUCAUCCGAUCUGGAGUGUGGCGGAAAGUCCCACCGGUUUGUACCUGGCCACUGGAUCGCGAGACACGACGGCACGGCUCUGGUCCACGGAUCGGGAGUUUCCCCUGCAGAUCUACGUUGGCCACACGCAGGACGUGGAUACGGUGGCAUUCCACCCAAAUGGGAACUACCUGGCGACCGGGUCAACGGACUUGACCGUCCGACUGUGGUGCGUCACCAGUGGCAAGCUGUUCCGGAUAUUCACCGACUGCCGGCAACCGAUCCAUCGGGUGUGUUUCAGCCCGGACGGAAAGUACCUCGCCGCUGCUGGUGAAGAAAAUCGCGUCCGCAUCUUCGAUCUCGCUGCCGGUUCGCAGCUCACCGAACUGCGUGAUCACACUUCUGGUGUGACCGGCAUCACGUGGAGCCCCGACAGCCGACACUUUGUUUCAUCCGGUUCGGACGGGACGAUUCGCAUCUGGGAUGCCGUCAAAAUGGUCACCAGCUCCUCGUCAUCGUCCAGCAGCGGAAGUUCUUCCGCCAAUCAUCAGUCGAACGCCAUCAGCAGUCCAAACAGCGGAACCGCUACCAACAAUGGCCCCACCGCCUCCAAUCAUACUCAGAAGACGAGCAGUUCCUCGCCUGGGGCCGCAGCCUCGGCCACAACGACCUCCUCCUCAAGCAAUACAGCGAAUAACUUGCUGCUGGCCUACUCGACGGGAUGCCGGAGAAUCUACCGGUUGCACUACAAUCAGCUCAGCGGAAGUCUCAGCUGCAUUGGGAACAGCUAAGGGCGACUCCGGCCAUCCCUCCUUCCAUCCACACCAUCUUCUACUUCAACAACGCAGAGCUAAGUAUUAUUUAUUCCCCCGUAGAAUUGGUUUUAGUUCAUUCUGCCCCGCUUUUGUCCCGGUCGAAGAACCAGAACACCUCCGAUCGUUGAACUCCCCUUACAAACCGAUACGGAGAGAGAGACAAUUAGUCCGAAUUUGUUUAAGCAUCUCUGUUUUUUUAGUAGCGUAAGUGUUAGCUUUUAAGUGGACAAAUCUCUACCGCAAAACAAAUCCGGCGCUGGGGUCCUAGAAGGACCUGGUCGAUAGAGCAAUUUUGGUUUGAUCGUGUCACCACACUUUCCCAGUUGUAAGGUGAAAACGACGGAAUGUCGCCGAUCGGUACUGAUCGGUGCAACAAGUCGAGAAUAUAAAACGCUGCUGGCGAACUUCAAAAGUUA